AUGCCCGCUGCGCCACAUGUCGAUGGCUUUAAGCUGGCAGCUGCAAAGGUGGCGCUUUGCAGCUCCGACUACGACGUCAUCCUCCAUAACGCCCGACGUGCUGCCGGCGCCGCUGUAACGGGCGCGUAUCUUCUCGGCUUUAUUUUUAUGGCUUCUUUUCCAAGUCCGGGCCUCCAUGCUGCCCGAGCCUGGACACCUUGUCACGCGAUUCAUUGCAACAGGACAAUACAUGGUGGUGUCAAGCAGAGUCUGGGCACGAUAGUCCUGGCCGAGGAGUCCUCAACCAGUUCGGGUUUCACGAAUUCGAGGUCAACUCUACAAGCUGCCUUUGCUGGCGUGAAUGGUGUGGUGCGGACAUGGCAGCUGAGACGGCACAUGUCUGGAUACCUCUCCCUCACUUGCCACCAAAGAAGCCGCUCGACCGAGGCUUUCGCCGAGCUGGCCUUGCUGUGA